AAUAUUUUGGACCGGAUUAUCCUCCCUGUCUGCGACUCGGGCCCCGCACUGUUAGGAAUGCAAUGUUUGAACGGUUCCUACUUUGUUACAAGCUCGAAGUGUAUUUGUUUGGUUCUCCUUCGAAGCAGAAAACUUAUGGAUGAGUAUUUAGUGAAAUUUAUUUCUUUGAUUGAACAACAUAAACGCCUCGGUAACGAUAAGAGUAUUUGUAUAGCUCUAUUUAGUUUGUUGUGCAUUGGAGAGAUCGGUUCGCAAAACAAAGUAUCCAAUGAAGAACUAUUGUUCUGCCUGUUGACUGAUUUAUUUCAUUGCAAUAUUAGUGAAGGAAAAAUAACAUCAGCAAUAUCGUUGGGAGCACUAUCUUGCGGGCAUGUUGAGUACUUCUUACCCAAAAUUUUAAGUGUUUUUCAAUACGAAAAAAACAUGCAAAGUUUAUAUUUACGGACGCUAAAGGAGAUAACCACUCGCUGUUUAGAAAAGGAAAGUCGCAGUUUUUUCCAGUGUUAUGCAGAAGAUAUACAAACUUUAGUACUAAAAAGUUGUGAUUUUUCGCAAGAAGAGCAAAAAACUUUAGCUGGAGACGUUAUUUUCAGAUUGUGGGUUGGUCAUAAGUCGACUUCUUUUAUUCUGUCGCUUUUUGAGAGUUCAUCGUCAGAAGUGAGAGAACUCGCCCUUGCAGUUUUCUUAUCUGCUUUUUCUAAUGGAAAGGAGCACACAAAUAAGGAACUGCUUACCCAACACUUGGGAAAAGUGUUUUUAUUGGCUGCUGACAGCCAGUUGUCGGUGCGGAAAAGAGCCUUUUCAGUAAUCAGUACUCUUAUUUACGGCGAUCCACCCUUGUUAGAAUCUUGUAUUGAUAAAUUUCUUCCGUUACUUUUAAAGCAAACUCUUGUGGAUGAGACAUUGAUAAAGGAAGUUCACAUGGGCCCGUUUGUUCAUAGAAAAGACGAUGGCGUGGAACUUAGAAAGGCUGCUUAUGAAAUUUUGCGCGCUGUCAUUGAAAAUUAUGACAUCAGUGAUUCGCUCUCAUUGGUCAUGACGUCACUGCUUCAAGGGCUAAAAGACGAUGACGAUGUUAAGCUUAUUGUCUACCGAAUUUUACGUCGUGCUGUACAAAUUUUUCCUCAAGAAAUAUAUAAAAAUAUUGAAAAAAUUGUUGAGAAUUUGAUAGCCACGUUAAAAAAGUCCAUCAUAAAAAAAGAUGAUGUUCAAAGCGAAGCCAAUAAAAAAAAAGAAGUGGUUUGUUCGGCUAUUAAACUUGUUUUGGCGCUAAAAGACCACGAUGUUUCUGGAAAACACAAAAAGUUGGAGGAGCUCCUCUCGGGAAUCCGCCAGAGCGUUCACUUUAAAAAAAUACUUGAAGCUUUAAGACAUGAAGAUACCCGAGCUUUACAAUAUUCACAAUAAUAAAAGAUUCUUCAGUAGAUUUUGUAAAACUUGUAGUUUUCAUAAA